UACACCUAUUGUAGAUCCGGCCUAAACGUAGUCAUGUAUGAAUUAGAAAGCACAUUCAAAAUUGUGAUACGAAAGUACGAAACGACGAUGUUUAUUUUUUCGCCGGUAUGAGCUGUGGCUGUUAUAACGCGAGUUCGUAAGGUUAUGAUUAUGAUGAUAGACGCUUGUUGGAAUUGCCGCAACUUCACCGGAAUGACUAUAAAUAAGGUUUUAUACUUUGGUUUGUCUUUGAUGUUAGCGAGUCUCUAUGUGGCUGCAAACGAUGGUGUCGCUAAUGCCAUCAAAUGUCAAUUCGACAAGCCGAUGCGUAAACAGGUACCAGCAGAAGCUUUAAAUGGCAUGUGUCUGCAAGAUAUCGUGACGUACCUGUCGAAGACGCUACGAACCACUGUCGAUGAAGAACUCUGCGUUUCCUCAUUCCAAGGGAUAAUCAAUAAUAUUGAAUUUGUAAAUGUCUUCAGUAAUUUGGAUGCAAAAUUGAGUGCCUUAAUUGAUAAUUUUAAUAAUAAGCUAAUGUCGCAUAUUGACGUCUUCAAACAAAUUUACAAAAUUAUACACCACAUACUGGCACGUAAUUCAUUGCCUACUAUUUAUUCUAGUCAAAUAAUUGACACGGGGAUAAAUAGAGUUUCAGAUAUAUGCACGGAUAUCAUGAAAGAACUUGCAACUCAGUUUAGAGGUCAAGAGUGGAAAAAGAUACACAUACUGCCAAUAAAUGACCCAGAUACAAUUUGUGGACCACCUACAUUGGCUCACAAUGUUGGACCUCUUUUAUUAUCUCAGUACUGUCCCCAAAAAAAUGUCAUCUUGCUCUUGGAGCAUGGAUUAUUUUUGUCUGAAUCAGAACUAGCUUUGGUUCAAAUAACAGCCAAAACCAUUAUAGAUAUGCUGUCUGAAAUGGACAAUGUUACUGUUGUAGGCCUUGCUAGUGCUGUUCCUCUGCUUUGUAAAGAUAAUUUGUUAAAGGCAACAGAUAUUAAUAAGUUUCAAUUAAUCCGUUAUAUCGACAGUUUAAGUAGAACAGAUUCAGACGAGGUGACAAGAAUUGACUUUAGAAUAUUAACUCAAAAUCUAAAAGGUGAAGUGCUUAUUAUACAUUUAACUAAUAAAUUACAAAUUACAUUACAUGUGCAAAAAAUUUUUGAAAUAAUUUCUGGAAAAUUCAAGACUUAUCUCAAAACUAUUAUUGCUACAGACAAGCAACCAUCUACUGUUAUUAAAAAAAACAAUGACAGCAUUGUCAUUUUUUCAAUGCAAAAUGUUCUUGGAUAUGAAAUAGGAAAAUUAUUUUCUUGUUUGCAAUGCCCUGCUCAUUAUAAAAAAGAUUUUUAUGUAUCAGAGCCAUAUAUUGAGCCAUAUAGUAAGACAAUGACGAUAUCUAUCGGACAAGUCACAAAGACUGCAUUACUAUUUUUAGAUAUAAAACUGCGUGAUUUUCUUGAUAAUAUAACAUAUUUUAAUGUUGGUCCAAACAUAUAUGCUAUAUUUUUCGAUACUAAAGGAGUGGUUUGGAUGCAUAAAAAUUUUCCCAGGAUUGAGACAAUAGUUGAGCAACCGCUCAAGGUACAUUUGCAAGACAUUGAAAACAUAGAUAGUCAAACAGUAUUGAAAAUGAUAAAUGAAAUGGAAGGAAUCAUAGAUGUAAAAACAAAGUUAGGCGAACGGAAGCGGUAUAGGUGGAAACAUUUAAUUUAUAAUGAUUUGAUAAUAUGCCUGGUAUCGACGACUGAAGAAGAAAUAUUGCCUGUCGCGAGAACUGUGCCUCCACUGCCUACAGAUAUAUUACAUCACCGUCUUGAUCUUAUGCUUCAAACUGUCGUCGAUAAAGACAUACUUUGCAUUUAUAGAAACAAGAUUGUAACUUUAUCAACAGGUGUAAUUUAUUUAUCACCAUGGUGCUUCCAAUCCCCAAUGGAACAACUAAAAUUAUUGGAAACAGGUUCAGCCGUGAAUGUACAAAGCUAUAUGGCAUACUUAAAAGAUGUAACGGGUCUUUUAGCUAAUCCUGGUUUACAUCCAUCUGUCAAAUCGGAUGUAGCAAUGCUAGCGCAAAUUUUAGACCAUUUCAAAAAGCAGCACAGCAAGAGUUUGUUAAAUAAGUUUGUAAUAAGAAGGUACAUUGUCAGUACGAUCAAUGGUGUAUUAGAAAUAUUUCCAGGGAUGGUAUUUGAUUCCGGUUUUGAUCCCAAAAGACGAAUGUGGUAUAGGAAAGCAUUGGAACACUCUGAUAAGAUAAUUUUAACUCCACCUUACUUAGACGCAGGUGGAUCAGGUUACGUAAUUACUCUAAGUCAAACUGUUAAAUAUUCUGUGAGGGCUUCUAAAGGAAACACAAAUUAUGCGAUUGCUGUCCUGUCUAUGGAUGUCACAAUGGGUUACAUUACGAGAUUGUUGCUAGAAAUGUUUCCAUUUUGUCGUGACGCAACUAUAAAGUGUUUCUUGAUGGAUGACAAAGGCUAUUUAGUAUCACAUCCGAUGUUGUUGGAAGCGUCAAGCAAAAUCGAACAACAGCAUUUAACGCACAAGGAACUCUUAGUGGCUAAUGACAUAUUAAAUCAUGGAUUGUUUGUAAAAAAAAAAUUAUGUGCAAAUCACUUAGAUGGUACUAUGCAAAGAUACUAUCAGUUUAACACGUCACUCGACGAAGUGCUUACUAAUAUAGCACAUGGUGAGCACUGUGUUAAAUAUCAAGUAGCUGUAGUAACAGGUACCAAUGUAUUUCUUGGUGUUGUCAAUAUGACAACUCAAUGUAAUUUGCUUAGAGCUUUUUGUCCGUGUAGCACGAUGGAUCAUUCAUGCUUGAAUUGUAAAAGUAUGGAACAAACUGGAUGCGAGUGCCCCUGCGAAUGUUCCUUAUAUACGUCUAGCUGUACGCAACAAAAUAUCAACAAUUUAGAUUCUUGCUUGCCUGUACAUGAGCAAGGACCAAGUUUACAAACUCUGUGGAUAGAGUCGAUGAAUUUAAAGUCGUGUCCAUCUACCAAUUGCAAAUCGUAUACAACAGAAAGAGAUUGUUUGGGUGUCGCAGAUUGUCAGUGGUGUCAUGUCAAUACCGACGGAGAGACUCCUUUGCAACAACCAUUUUGCUCUGAUAUGUCCAUAUGUUUUAAAGGUAUCUUUGGAUCUUUGAUACCUUAUAGCGAUGGUACUUACAAUUCACAAUCGACGGACGAAAUCACGGUACAAGAAUGGCCAUCAGUUGGACCGGUAGCUGGUGGAAUUCUUGCGCUGUUUUUGAUUCUGGGCAUGAUUCUGUUCUGCUACCGACUCCGAUCAGUGCAUUCGGGUCUAGAGCAUCAGUGUUUGCAUUUACAUACCUCACCUGAUACGUUGCGCAUGACGCAUAUCGAGGGCGAUCCGGAACCCGUAGAAUCAGAUCAGACUAAAAAUAAUUUGGAUUGUCUCAUGAGAGACAGUGUCGCGCCUAUAUCACCGUACAGAGUUUCAACCAAUUAUAGAAGACCACCUGGCGGGGACAGUGACCAUGGGUACAGUACAAUGACUCCUCAUGAUGAUUCCGAACAACAGAUAUUUGCCUCUGAACCCUUGUUAGCUGUCGACAAUAAUAUCGAAUCGGAUUUGAUUAAACAAUCUAACAUUAGAGUGCCUUCGCCUACAACAUAUUUGGAGUCGCCACAUUAUGUUUUAGCACCUGUGACCGUCCAUCGCGAUAUGGAAACAAAUUAUUGUUAAUUAAUAAAACUGAAUUCACUGCCGUUUAUUAUUUAAAAAAAUAAGAUAAACGUAAUUUCCUUGGGGGAGUUGGACAUUGUUAAAAGAAAUCAUAAUUUUUUCUUCACAAGUAUAAUCUCAAAAUAUGAGAGAAUUAAAUGAUAAAACCAUAUUACCAUUUACAUAUAAUUAUACUUUAUUUUGCAAUAUAUUUGUUAUAAAAGAUAUUGUGUUAUUUUACGAUGAAAAGACUAUAUUAUUUUUAUUAUCAAAAGAUAAACAACUUUUAUUAUGCUUAAAAGUAUAUGUAACUUUAAGAACGGUAUAUCAAUACUAUAAUCUUUCUUUCCACAAGUGCUAAGAAUAUUAGAUAAAGUAUUAAGUUUUCUAAUUUACGAUUCAAAAAAAAAGAUUGAGCAAAUUUUAUGUAUGAAAUAAUAGAUUGUUAUGCUAGGCGCAGAACUUAAAGUAUCAUUUUAUACAACAUAAUACACAGUAUAGAAGGGUUAUACAAAAUAUUCCAUUAAUUGCUCAUUUUCAUUAUUUUAAAAAUUGAUUUUAUCAUUAUUUAUCCCCUUCAAACUAUACAACUUUAGAUUGAAAUUCUAUGAUAAUGUGUCACAAAUAUUCAAAGUAAGCAAUUAAAAUGAGACAACCUGUAUAGAUGAAGCAAUCUAGAAAUGAAAAUGUAAAAGUAUACAAUUUUAGUAGAAUUGUACAUGACAAUUAAUAAGACAUUGAUAGUAUGUAUAUUAUACUAUACAUUAAAAAUUAUAUAAAGUGUAACAUAAUAAUGGAGAAAAGAAUUCAGUACUUUUAUUUAAAAUAAUUAACAUAUUAUGUUACACCUUGUAUAUAAAUUAAGAGAUAAACGUCUUUUUAAUAAAGUCUUGUUUGGACAACUAAAUUUUAGUAUAUUUUAAAUACUGAAAUCACGUUCCAUCAUUUCAUUGAUCCGAGUUAAAAUUCUAUUAAUAAUUAAAAACGUAAGACGCAAAGACAAUUGAUAAACUUAUUUAUUUUUUGAAUUUUUUAUGUAUAAAGACUAUCAGUGGUUUAUAUAAAUGAGCAAGAAGUAUUGAACGUUAAAAUAUCUUUAAAAAGGACAUUUGAGAAAAGAUUUACACAAAACUUGUAUGGUUUAGGGACAAAUAAUGAUAAAAUUAAUUAAAUAAAUUUUUUCAAGAUUAUAGAAGUUACUAUUUUUUAAAAUAAAAUUUGAUGAUUUUUUUACAUAAUAUUCAUAUAAUAUAAUAAAUAUUAUAUAGUAUUUUCCAAUUAUUUUAUAUAUAAAAAUAAUUAGGUGGAAUUAUCGAAAAAUAAUUAACGAGACAUUUUAUACUUUAUUAAAUACGUUAUAGAUGUGCCCUUCAUCCACUAUUUUAUUUUCCACUUUUUAAGAAUAAAUUGCAAUAAUAAUGUUCUACAUGAAUUAGCAUUUGCUAACUCCGCGAUGACAGCUGCUCAUAAAGUUAGUGCAGCAAGAGAACAAAUUAGUGUUGUGGAAAAGAACUGAUUGAAAAAGACUGACAUUUCGAUACGUUUGAACACUAAUAUCUUUUUUAAAAAGUGUAUUCCGAUAUAUUUGUAUAUAAAUAUUUCGUAAAUUGAUUUUUUUUAAUACUUUUGCAGAGUAAUUAAAGGGAUUAUAUUAUUCCAAAAAGAAUUAUAUAAUUCCAACGUCUUGUUUUCAAGAUAUUUUAGCAACCUGAUAUUUUUUGCUUCCUGACAUAUGUUAUAGUUUCACGACUUAUUCUUAAAAACGCUAAUUUUUUUUUUAUCUUACAGAUCUAUAUAAUGUACUUAUAUCAUGAUUUAUAUAAAUAACAGUGCCAAAACU